AUGGAAAACAUUGUGGAUAUUUUGGAAUCGGUUCUCGAUGCACAAUGGGUUGACGAAAACGAAGGAUGUGUGCAGCCGACUCCUCAACCUCAUCCAGAUCGUCCCCAGAGACAGCGAGAAGUUCGAUGUAUGCGAUUGCAAGACUGCCCACAGCUGAUUGCGCUAUCAGCUGCUGUACGUGACUCACCGAUGGAAGUACGAGCGACACUGAAGUGCGCAGCGGUUCGAGCGAUUGGUAAUCUUUGCUGUGAUAGACCUUCAUUGCGUGUAGUGGCUGGCGCUAGAGGAGCGGUUCUAGCCGUUCUUCGUUGUGCAAGACUCACUGAGAACGACAAGCCUUUUAUUGUUCAGUGGUCAAUCGCAGCACUACGUCACUUAUGCCUGGGAUGUCCGGAAAACCAAAAGUUUAUUCUUGAAAUGGACCAGAAGCCUACGGGAAUCAUAGAUCGGCAGAAGCUCCUGAAAGAACUCGGUAUAGAUGUUGAAGUGGACUCAGCUACUGGAAAAGUUCGUCUCAUUGGACCAUCUCGUACCCCUUCAAACUGA